CUCUUUGCAGUCUAUGUGUGUGUGUAUAUAUGUAUUACCAUUGGUCCCUCCAGUCUCCAAGUACCUAGCUAGCAACUGAAUCUGAUCAGAUCGAUCUGAUUGAUGGAUCUCUUCUACACUUGCUUGCUUUACGUUGCCAUCUUAUAUGUGACCAUCUUCCUCAUCCGCAAACAUAAAUCAGGAUCUCCUGGCACCAACCGCAAUCUCCCACCAGGCAAGACCGGAUAUAGGCCAAUCAUCAGGGAGACCCUGGACUUUGUCACGGCUGGCCGCAGGGGCACCCCUGAGAAAUUUGUCACAGACAGGACCAGCAGGUACUCCUCUGACAUCUUCCGGACUUCUCUACUGGGCUUAGGCGAUGUGGCUGUCUUCUGCGGACCUUCUGGAAACAAAUUCAUCUUCUCUUCCGAGAACAAGGACGUCACCAUGUGGUAUCCUCGUUCCUUCAAGAAGGUCGCCGAGUUCCCCGACCCCGAGGCUGCGGAUAACUACUCCAAUGAUGACGGACUUAGAAAGACGCGGGGCUUCACUCUCGAGUUCACCAAACCCGAAGCGCUCCAGCGUUACAUACCCAUCAUGGACUCCAUGGCAAAGCAGCACCUGGAAGCUGAUUGGGCCCCUUACCAGGAAGUCAGGGCCUUCCCACUUAUAAAGAAGUACACCUUUGCCGUGUCCUGUCAUCUCUUAAUGAGCAUCCAGGAUCCCACGCAGCUCGCCAGGUUUAAGCACAACUUUGCUCUCGUUACCGACGGUCUCAUCUCGGUGCCCAUAAACUUUCCGGGGACAGCUUACAACAAGGCAAUGCGAGCAGGGAAGAGCAUGCGCAAGGACCUGCUGCCCAUCAUAAAGAGGAGAAAGAAGGAGCUUGUCGAAUUGAAGGAUGAGGAGGACAAGAUGGCAGCAAAGGACUUGCUGUCCCGGAUGCUGCUAGCAAAAGACGGGCAGAGUGGCCGGCCAGUCAUGAAGGAGAUUGAGAUUGGUAAUACGAUCAUAUCCAUACUCACAGCAGGCCACAACACGACCAGUACUAUGACCGCGUGUGUGGUGAACUAUCUCGCCAUGUAUCCCGAUGUCUACGAGCAGGUCUUGAAAGAGCAGAUGGAAAUUGUGAGCAGCAAAGGCCCAGAUGAGUUACUCAACUGGGAAGACGUACAGAAGAUGAGGUACUCUUGGAUGGUUGCCUGUGAAGUCAUGAGGCUGUGCCCCGCUGGUCCAGGCAGCUACCGAGAUGCAAUAAAGGACUUCACUUACUCCGGCUUUACCAUUCCCAAGGGUUGGAAGACUCACUGGACUAUGUACUCCACGCACAAGGACCCCAGAUACUUCCCUGAUCCAGACAAGCUUGAUCCUUCAAGAUUCGAGGGGAGUGGACCUGCGCCAUUCACUUUCGUACCCUUUGGAGGAGGACCCCGAAUAUGCCCAGGGAAAGAAUAUGCCAGGGUACUGAUACUUGUUUCCAUGCACAAUUUGGUGACCAAAUUCAGACUGAAGAAGGCCAUCCCCGAUGAGAAAAUAAGCUAUGGCCCUUUCCCAAUCCCUGCCAACAGUUUCCACAUCUGCAUCGAACCUCGUACUAAGCCAAGGACAUUAUGUGUCGAUUGGUUAUAUCAUGCACCUUCAUAUUCGUGAAUCCAUGUGAACUCAAGAUUUCUCACAAGCUGUCAGUUUCUUUUAUUUACGGGAUGCAAUAAAACGAUGGUCAAUUCAACAAUUUCAUGGAUUCAUAUAAGUUAUGUGAAUUUGAGAUUAUUGUUGGAGAUUGGAUCAGUGCGGCAUAAUGAUAUGUAGAAGGCUAUGUGUGUGUUUGUUUCUGUUUGUCAAAGUUGAUGUUUUGUAGGGUAGACGUGUGUUUGUAUUUUUAGGUAGUUUGCAGGUUAUGUACUAGCAGUUACAUGCUGCCUUUAUGGUUUUUAUAUUCUCAGUGCAAAUGUAAGACAGUUUUUUUAAGUUGUUGAAUGAAGAAGUUUCUGAAGUUUUCUCUCUUCAA